AAUCCUUUCUAAUAACACGAUACUGUAAUUUACUCCAAUCGAAAGCAAAAAAAAACAUCUACGCCUCCAUUUGCUGUUCUCGGGUUCUGUUUUUCUUCCCCCCUCCCACAAACACACACGCACACACGUAUACACACACAUACAGUGCGCUGUAUUUAUUUUGAUUUCUAUUCCGCGCUUCGCACCGUUUCUUGCCUUCGUGGAACGGUGCUAGUUGUCAAAAAGACCCCCCACCCCUCUCACAUCGUAUCAACGCCAUUAGCGCUCGCUUCUAAUCUAUACGCAGCAAAAUUGUAGGCUCUGUUGGUUUGUGUGAUCGCUCAUAUAUUUUCGGAACCACGACGAUAGAUAAGAGAUAAGCGACCGUGAUCGUGCGUUGGCAAUUCGUAUUCAGUUUUGUGGGGUGCAUUUUAGAAGCGCAGCAGCAUUCGCCGCAAGGUAAACGCGUAGUAGUAGUUGACGCAAAAGACGCGCAGCACAGAAACGAUGGCCGAUGAAGACAAAGGACUGGUCGCUGGGCACCCCCCGGCAGUGAAAGCUGGUGGAAUGCGCAUUGUGCAGCAUAAGACUCCGAACAGCGAACGGCCUGCCAAGGAUCCGGUCGAGGUCAUUGGGCUCUCGAACCCAGCGCCCAACGUGAACACGGGUGAGGUCGCCCAGUCCGGGACGAGCACCAAGCAUACCGACCAUUCCGUGGAGGCGUCGCAGGUGGCCCAUGCCCAGAAGCCGCCGGCACCGGUCCACAGCAAGCCCGUCAAUCACAUCCAGCAGCCUCGGAAGUGAAUUACUCGCGGUGCAUGCAAUUGAACCAGUGGGGCGGUGCGGAGUGGAAGACGGACGGAAAUGAACCAGCAGCAGCAAACGACGACGCGGUGGGGGGUCAAGGGGACAAGGGUGUCCGCCGGAUGCACGUGCACAUUGGCAGGUCCAAUUCUCCUCGCCGGUUGAUUUGCCCUGCUGGAACGUUUUCGGAGUCCGUGUUCGGCAAGUGAUGAUGGCCUUAUCGAUAAUCAGUAUCAGGGCAGAGUGUUUUUUCAAGUUUCUUCUUCUUUUUUUCUUCUCACCAUCAUCGGUAGAUUGAUAAUUGUCUGAAUUUAGAGCGUUGCUUAGCGCGCACACGUUGUUUUUCUUACCUUCAAUUUACACGGAACUUACAGGGGAGAGCGGUGUUGUGCCUCAACGAAUUGGAGGCGUUGUAACAUUUCUAGUGGUCUUGGGUUUGUUUUCCUUUUCAAAUUAAUAAUCCUACUAAUAUUUUGUAAUACUGUUUGUGUACUAUCAGAGAGCAAGAAAGGGAAGUAAAAAAGCUGUGCUUUCAGUUAGCGGGCUAGUUGGUAGAUUGGAAGAAAAUAAAUGAUACAAAUAAGUGAAACAUGGUAAAAAAAAAAGUGGAAACAAAAUAUAUUGAAGGGCGCAUAAUUUUAGAACAAUUUUGUUGUCCUUGUACUAAUUCUCGCUUACUUGUUGUUGCGCAUACACGUGGAAGGUUUUAGUCUUCAUACUGGCAAACGCCGCGGCGCGCGGGCGUUAAGGUGCUGCACCGAAGUUCCAGCUUAUAAUGAAUAAAGCUAUGAAAUGUGUAUAA